CUAUUUAGAAGUGAUUAACCGACGAGGUGUGUUUUCACUUCGGCUGUAUGUUAUAUAUCUGAGUGUAACAAAUAAAAUCCUACAACAACAAAAUUUAACGAAGGAGGUACACCGAGUGCGGAUAAUUAAGUGUUGUUUUGUUUUUUGCUUUUGAUUUCCUUGAUUAGUUAGUCGUCUGGCAUGGAUUCGAAUAUAGGCAUUUUUGAACUCGCAAAACUAUUGGGAAAAUUUGUGGCCCACAAAAUUCAACAAAAUAAAUUGGCCACAGAUGAAUACGAAGUCGUAGAUACCAUCUAUGGCAAAAUUAAAGGAUUAAAACGCAAAACAUUAUACGAUGAAAAUGAUAAAUAUUUUGCCUUUGAGGGAAUUCCCUAUGCUAAACCACCCCUGGAAGAUUUGAGAUUUCGAGCACCACAACCCCCCGAGCCAUGGGAAGAUGUUCUGGAUUGUACAAACUACAAGCAAAAACCAAUGCAAUACCACUUUGUAAGGCGAAUGAUAGAGGGAUCUGAAGAUUGUUUGUACUUAAAUGUCUAUGCCAAAAAAUUGCAUAGCGAGAAGCCUUUACCCGUUAUGGUUUGGAUUCAUGGAGGUGCCUUUCAGUUUGGUGAAGCUUCGCGAGAUAUAUAUGCUCCAGACUAUUUCAUGCAACGUUAUGUUAUUUUGGUCACAAUUGCCUAUCGUUUGGGUGUUUUUGGUUUUCUUAGUCUCAACGAUCCCGAUUUACAGAUACCCGGUAAUGCCGGCAUUAAAGAUCAAAUCAUGGCUUUGAAAUGGGUCAAGGAGAAUAUUCAAAAUUUCAAUGGUGACCCCAAUAAUAUCACCCUAUUCGGUGAGAGCGCUGGUGGUGGAUCCAUCCAUUUGUUGAUGUCAAGCCCACGCGCCAAAGGUCUAUUCGCCAAAGCCAUUUUACAAUCAGGUACCGCCUAUUGUUCCUGGAUGUUCGAGCCCCAUAGAGAUUGGCCCUAUCGGCUGGCCUGCCAUUUGGGCUACAAGGGAAACAACAACGACAAGGAGAUCUAUCGCUUUUUGUACAAGCAAUCGUCUCGCCGCCUCACUGCCCAAGAUUUUUCAAUGAUAACCAAACAGGAAAUAAUGGACCACCUGCUAUACUCUUUUGGCCCGGUUAUAGAGCCCUACGAUUCUGAAGACUGUGUGAUAAAUAGGCCUUUUAAGGAACUUUUGCCCUCAGCCUGGAGUAAUGAUAUACCAGUAAUUAUUGGUGGCAAUUCAUUUGAGGGCCUAUUCUAUUUUGCUGAACUGCUAAAGCGUCCCUACAAAAUCAAUGAUCUCACCGAUUGCACCAGUCUAUUGCCCAGUGAUGUGCAGCGAGUUCACAGCGAAGCUGAGCUCAAAGAAAUGGCCAAGAAACUUCGAGCCACCUAUUUUGGCGAUAAGCAGCCCGGCAUCAAAACAACUUUUUACGAGUAUAUGCAUCUCAUGACGGAAAGAUCUUUUUGGCAUGGCAUUCACAGGGCUGUCAAAGCCCGUCAAGCAUAUGCCCCCCACACACCCACCUACUGCUAUCGCUUUGAUUUUGACUCGCCGUUUUUCAAUCACUAUCGCAAUAUAAAAUGCGGCACAGGCGUCGAGGGGGUGUGUCAUGCUGAUGAUGUUUCCUAUCUUUUCUACAACAUCAAUGCCGAGAAAUUGCCCACCAUAUCGAGGGAGUACAGAUGCAUUCAGCGCAUGGUGGGCAUGUGGUACGCGUUUGCCCUUAACUCCAAUCCGAAUUGCAGGGAAAUCGCCAUGGCCAAGUGGGAACCAGUUACGGAUGAGAAAGACUCAACAAGUCCCAUGAAAUGCUUAAACAUCAACGACAAGGUCGAAUUCAUUGAUCUGCCCAUGCAUCGAAAACUGCAGCUAUGGGACAGUUUCUACACCAAAGAAGCCUUGUCAUCUCCAGCCGACAUGCUAGACCCAUUUAUUUACAUAAAUACGCAUGGUCAAGCACACAACCAUUCAUACAUACAUUUAUUUAUGCCGGCCAGUAUGCUAGACACAUUUGUUUACAUGAAUACGCAUGGCCCGGCCACACAGCCAUUCAUACUUGUAUGGGUUUCAGUACAAGUAAUGAAAACACACACCACCAAUAUGAAAGGCAUACGGUCGAGCAUAGAAAUGGGCAUUUUGCUUAUUUGCACAGAUGCUUGCAUUGAUUAUCGUUAUUCGACGUCCAUUUUAACAAGACAAGUGGCUGGUAAUGAGUCAUUGAGCAAAUAUAAUAGUAAGGCAUUGGAGCAAUUCCGUCUAUCUACACAAGAAUAUGAAGUCAUUCGAACCAACUAUGGCCAGGUUAGAGGAGUUAAACGUAUCAAUGCGUGCUUGAGGGAUAGCCACUAUUAUGCUUUUGAAGGUAUACCCUACGCCAAGCCUCCUUUGGGGGAACUCAGAUUUCGUGCACCCCAGCCCAUUGAACCGUGGCAAGAAGUGCUCGAUUGCACUUGGCUGAGACCAAAACCAAUGCAAGUCCACUGGAUAACAAAUCUUAGAGAAGGAUCCGAGGAUUGUUUAUAUAUAAAUAUUUACACUCGAGAGCUGAAAGUAAAAGGGCCACCUCUACCUGUCAUGGUUUGGAUCAAUGGCGGAGGCUAUCAAAUAGGAGAGGCCUCUCAGGAUUUCUAUGGUCCCGAUUAUUUCAUGAUGAAGGAUGUGAUAUUGGUAACAUUCAACUACAGAGUGGGAGUCUUUGGUUUUCUUUGUUUUGACGACCCGAAGGUGAAUAUACCUGGAAAUGCUGGCAUAAAAGAUCAAGUUGCAGCUCUAAGAUGGAUCAAAGAAAAUAUCCACCAUUUCAAUGGAGAUCCCAAUAAUGUAACAGUGUUUGGUGAAAGCACCGGAGCUUCUUCGGUUCAUUUACUCAUGCUCACACCACAAGCCGAAGGACUCUUCCACAAGGCCAUCAUACAAUCAGGAUCGGCUCUAUGUACUUGGGCUGCCACAGAGAAGCAUGACUGGGGCUUUAAGCUGGCCUGCCAUCUGGGCUAUAGAGGGGAGCAAAACGACUUGGAAAUCUACCAAUACCUGGUGCAACAAAGUUCCCGCAGAUUGGCUACCAAUGCUGUUUGUUUGCUAUCCCAUCACGAUCUGGUGGAGAGCAAUAUGUUGGCUUCUUUUCUUAUUGUCGUGGAACCCUAUGCCACUGAAAGUUGUAUAGCUGACAAACCCUACCAGGAUCUACUGGCUAAAGCCUGGGGAAAUAACAUACCCUUGAUUAUAGGAGGUAACUCAGCCGAAGGUCUAUUUCAUUAUUAUUUUACAAAAAAGUAUAGAACGCUAAUAGAAGACAACAAUGAAUUACGUCUGGAUUACCUAUUGCCUAAUGAAUUGAAACAAAAUCAAACUCCCGAUAAGCUUAAACAAAUGGUAGACAUUCUUAAGCAGGAAUACUUUCAAGGUAGAAAUCCAACAUUCAACCAUGACAUAGUUGACUAUUUGGAUCUUAUGGGCCACAGAAAUUUCUGGCAUCCCGUUUAUAGAACCAUAGAGGCCCGAAUGGCCUAUGCCUCCAAUGUGGCCACAUAUUGCUACUAUUUUGACUGUCCUUCUCCAAACUUUCACAACUUUGCCAAGUUCCUAAGCGGUGAUCUGGAGGGCAAUGGAGUGGGUCACGGUUAUGAUUUGUGUUAUUUCUUUCAUAACUUAAUAUCGAAAAAUAUCACCCCAUCUUGUGAGGAGUUUCAAUGUACGAAAUGGCUGAUUGGUAUGUGGCACAACUUUGCCCUAGGCUCGAAUCCGAAUUGUGAAGAAAUAUCACCCAUAAUUUGGGACAAAGUUGAAUCGCUAGAGUUUGAGGAUUCUCCAAAGUGUUUGGUUAUUGGCAAGGAACUGCAGUUUACGGCUUUACCCAUCCACAAGAAACUUAAAUGCUGGUCAAAAUUUUACAAAAAUGAAUUGUAA